AUGAAAGCGAAACUGUCCGGAAGCGUCCACAGGAAGCGUCGGUUAGUUCAGUAGACCUUGACGUCACGGACGGCAAAAUAAUUUUUUGAUGUUUUGACAGUUGACGUCGAAAUAGUCGCUGCUUUUUCUCAAGGUGCCCUUCUCUGGCGGUUAUAAAACCGAGUCGUGGGAGUUGCGUUUUCUUCGGUUUCACGACCUGCACUAGAAGGCAAAAAUGACACGCUUUGCAUGCGUAGACGCUGCACCUCCUGUUGAGAUAUUUGCUCUUAUGAGAGCUUAUCGCGCCGACACUUGCCCUCAGAAAGUGGACCUCGGAGUUGGAGCGUACAGGACUGAAGAAGCCAAGCCAUGGGUCCUGCCGGUUGUUCGAAAAGUUGAAAAGGAGAUGGCAGAAGACGACUCUCUGAACCACGAGUACCUCGGCCAGCUUGGUCUGGAAGACUUCAGCAAGGCUGCUGUGCGAAUGCUGCUGGGUGAUGACAAUGAUGCGAUUAAAGACGGAAGGGCAGUCGGCAUUCAGUGCCUCAGUGGCACCGGUUCCUUGAGAGUGGCAGGCGACCUCUUGUGCAAACAUGCAAAGUUUACGACCAUCUAUAUGUCAACCCCGACAUGGCCUAACCACACUUUAGUUUUCAAGCAUUCUGGCUUCCAAAACCUCAAGUUCUACCGCUACUGGGAUGCCAAGAACCGUUGUCUCAACUUUGCUGGGAUGAUAGAGGAUUUGGAGAAUGCACCGGAAGACUCGGUCGUCGUCCUCCAUGCAUGUGCACACAACCCAACCGGCAUUGAUCCCACUGAAGAGCAGUGGAAGAAGAUAGCAGAGGUUGUGAAGGCCAGAAAACUCUUUCCCCUCUUCGACUGUGCCUACCAAGGCUUUGCCUCGGGGAACUUGGAGAAAGACAGCUGGGCCAUACGAUACUUUGUUUCCCAGGGUUUCGAACUGUUGUGUGCCCAGUCUUUUGCCAAGAACUUUGGUCUUUACAAUGAGCGGAUUGGAAACCUGCUACUUGUUAUAAAUGACAAGACAGCCCUCACCAAUGUUCUGGCCCAAGUAACGCUGAUUGUCAGGGGAAACUACUCCAAUCCGCCCAACCAUGGUGCCCGCAUUGUCUCCAGAGUCCUGAACAACCCUGUGUACUUCGAAGAAUGGAAGGGCCACAUCCAAACCAUGGCAAACAGGAUUUUCGCUAUGAGGAAAGCCCUCAAAGACAAGCUUGCAGAAUUAAAUACGCCAGGAUCCUGGGAACACAUCACAAACCAGAUUGGCAUGUUUUCCUACACUGGUCUCAACCAACGACAGGUACAGCACCUCGUCGAAGAGUAUCACGUGUACCUCCCGAAAGACGGGCGCAUCAGCCUCUGUGGGCUGAACACCGGCAAUGUUGAGUAUGUGGCCAAGGCCAUUCACGAUGCAGUUACCAAAUUCCCUACGAGCUAAUGCUACCUCCUGUCUCGGCUGUUUCCUGUUCAAGAUGUAAGAGAAUAGCUGUCUCAUCUGGUUAUCGCUAUUAUUGACUUCGGUUCGUCAGGUACUUAUUACUGGCAGUACAAUUUUAAUAUAUUCAGAAUUUAUUUCGUUGAACUACAAUUCUACUGUGUAAUAAUUAAGCGCGAGACAUGCACUCUGUUGAAUGACAUAGUUUGAGUAAUAAAGAGCCUCUAGGUAUUUGUCAAUAGGA